AUGUCGGACGAGGAGCAUCAGUUUGAGUCCAAGGCCGAUGCCGGCGCCUCCAAAACCUAUCCCCAACAAGCUGGUACCAUUCGCAAGAAUGGUCACAUCGUCAUCAAGAACCGCCCUUUGCAAAGGUUGCUGGGUGGGCAUGGUUGCUGGGUGGGCAUGUGCUUUGUAUAUCCUGUUAAUUAUGUUUAUGAUGAGCUGUGCAUAUGGUUGUUGAGGUCUCUACCUCCAAAAACAGGGAAGCAUGGACAUGCCAAGUGUCAUUUUGUUGCAAUUGAUAUCUUCACUGGCAAGAAGCUUGAGGAUAUUGUCCCAUCAUCUCAUAACUGUGAUGUAGGAAUUCUACUGUUUUACUACUGUUUUGCAGUUCCUCAUGUUAACCGUACUGACUAUCAGCUGAUUGAUAUUUCUGAGGAUGGUUUUGUGAGCCUUCUGACUGAGAGUGGCAACACCAAGGAUGAUUUAAGGCUUCCGACAGAUGAAAAUCUCUUAACUCAGAUUAAGGACGGAUUUGGUGAAGGAAAAGAUCUUGUUGUAUCGGUCAUGUCUGCAAUGGGGGAGGAACAGAUCUGUGCUCUCAAGGACAUAGGCCCAAAGAACUAAGAUAAGUAGCGAGUAUUUACAUCUUAAUGCUUGGCUUUGAUGCAUGCGUGGAUCGUUGAACAUUUCUGGAUCAUUGGCUGUAUUGCACUAUUGUUGCUUUAGUCAUAGUUUUGAACUCUGUUUCGUGAUAUAUAUAUUGAAAGUUUAGACAUACAAUCCUAUAUUUACCUGGUGGUGUUUUUU